AUGCUCCCAACUCUCAAACGUUUCAUUCAUCGCGCUACCCUUCAACAUCAUCGGCGCUCGGAUCGUUUUCAUCAUCGCACCGUCUGCCUUCUGUGUGAACUGAUCUUCGAAAGCAUCGCCAAGAUGUCGGACCUCUGUUACAACUGCCACAAGACUGCAGUCCACCUACCUCGCAUAUGCCAGGAGCCUCUCAAAGAAUGCACAAAUUGCGGCGCUCUUGGCCACACCUGGAACUUCUGUCAUAAAGGCGCCAUCAGAAUCAAGCCCGACUACCUGUACUACGCCCUCUGUCACAACUGUCAGAAAUGGCACCUUCCUAUCCCCUGCCAAGAGGAGUUGGUCCGGUGCGGUGGCUGCAUGCAACUCGGCCAUGCACAAGAGUACUGCGCCCUCAAUCCAUCUCCCAGCAUGGCGUUCACCGAGAGCAUGAGCAAUUUCAUCUCGCACGACCUCACCACCAACAACGCUCAAUGGAUCAUGCACAAUGCUGCUCUGGCUGAUGAGAUCUACAAGAUCAAGAUGGGAGCAGUCACAGACACACUCCAGCUCGUCGCAGCCAAAAACCGUGAAGAAGUUCGUGCUCAUCUGGCCAGUGUCUACCGUGGCCAUGGUCAUCCUUCUGUCACCGCAUCCUACCGUCCCGUGUCUACAAAGUCAUCGGUGUCCAAGCAGCUUCCUACACCUGCUGCUUUCAGAGCCGAGGUUGACUCUCGUUUACCUCUACCGCGCCCAGCCAUUCCACCAGCUCAUGUCCACGAUCAUUCGUAUGAAGGACAUAACACGCUAGCUCCUCUCCAACUCCAAAGCGAUAGAGAGUUAUACCAACACACUGCUCGAGUCUUCAGUCGUAACAACUCUUCGAUCCCAGCCAAGAACCACGAGCCCAACACAACUCCUGGUGUACAGAAGACACCCGCAGAACCCCAAUCCAUUCUCAACUUUCGCACAUACGACGCAAGUGCUGAUCAGGACCAAGUGAAAGUUGGCGGAGACAGCUCGGGCAACGUAAGUCUUGCACCAAGAAGCUCUCCCUGUGAUGACCGCGCCAACUCGGCGGACAGCAAGGCCGAGACAGAGCAGGAACGCGAGUUCUUUGACGGAGCACUAUACUAG